GCAAACAGCAGCUGCAGACCGUCAAAGACCGCUUUCAGGCUUUCCUCAACGGGGAAACCCAGAUCGUGGCUGACGAGGCCUUCAUGAACGCCGUGCAGAGUUACUAUGAGGUGUUCCUGAAGAGCGACCGUGUGGCCCGCAUGGUGCAGAGUGGGGGCUGCUCCGCCAACGACUCUCGGGAGGUCUUCAAGAAGCACAUCGAGAAGAGGGUGCGCAGCCUCCCCGAGAUCGAUGGCCUCAGCAAGGAGACGGUGCUGAGCUCCUGGAUGGCCAAGUUCGAUGCCAUCUACCGUGGGGAAGAGGACCCCAGGAAGCAGCAGGCCCGGAUGACUGCCAGCGCAGCCUCUGAGCUGAUUCUGAGCAAAGAGCAACUCUACGAGAUGUUCCAGAACAUUCUCGGGAUCAAGAAGUUUGAACAUCAGCUCCUGUACAACGCCUGCCAGCUGGACAAUCCGGAUGAGCAGGCAGCACAGAUCCGACGGGAGCUGGAUGGACGACUCCAAAUGGCAGACCAAAUAGCCAGGGAACGCAAAUUCCCCAAGUUUGUAUCCAAAGAAAUGGAAAACAUGUACAUCGAGGAGCUGAAGUCGUCCGUCAACCUGCUCAUGGCCAACUUGGAGAGCAUGCCGGUGUCCAAGGGCGGCGAGUUCAAGCUUCAGAAGCUCAAGCGCAGCCACAACGCUUCCAUCAUCGACCUGGGCGAGGAGAGUGAGAACCAGCUCUCCAAGUCCGACGUCGUGCUGGCUUUCUCCUUGGAGGUGGUGAUCAUGGAAGUGCAAGGCCUCAAAUCCUUGGCUCCCAAUCGCAUUGUGUACUGCACAAUGGAGGUGGAAGGGGGAGAGAAACUACAGACAGACCAGGCCGAGGCGUCUAAGCCCACCUGGGGCACCCAGGGCGACUUCUCCACGACCCACGCGCUGCCUGCUGUGAAGGUGAAGCUGUUCACAGAGAGCACCGGCGUCCUGGCCUUGGAGGACAAGGAACUCGGGCGGGUCAUCCUCCAUCCCACCCCGAACAGCCCCAAGCAGUCAGAGUGGCACAAAAUGACGGUCUCCAAAAACUGCCCCGAUCAGGACCUCAAAAUCAAACUUGCUGUCCGAAUGGAUAAGCCUCAGAACAUGAAGCAUUCGGGGUAUUUAUGGGCCAUCGGCAAGAAUGUCUGGAAGAGAUGGAAGAAAAGGUUCUUUGUGUUGGUGCAGGUCAGUCAGUACACCUUCGCCAUGUGCAGUUACCGGGAGAAGAAAGCGGAGCCCCAGGAGCUGCUGCAGCUGGACGGCUACACUGUGGAUUACACCGACCCCCAGCCAGGUUUGGAAGGUGGCCGCGCCUUCUUCAAUGCAGUCAAAGAAGGAGACACUGUGAUAUUUGCAAGUGAUGACGAGCAAGAUCGCAUCCUGUGGGUCCAAGCCAUGUACCGGGCCACUGGGCAGUCACACAAGCCUGUGCCCCCAACCCAAGUGCAAAAACUCAACGCCAAGGGAGGGAACGUGCCCCAGCUGGAUGCCCCCAUAUCCCAAUUCUACGCAGAUAGAGCUCAAAAGCAUGGCAUGGAUGAAUUUAUCUCGUCCAACCCCUGUAACUUUGACCACGCUUCCCUCUUUGAGAUGGUGCAACGCCUUACUUUGGACCACAGACUUAAUGAUUCCUAUUCUUGCCUGGGCUGGUUCAGUCCUGGCCAGGUGUUUGUGCUAGAUGAGUACUGUGCCCGGAACGGAGUCCGCGGGUGUCACCGGCAUCUCUGCUACCUCAGAGACCUGCUGGAGCGGGCGGAGAACGGCGCCAUGAUCGACCCCACCCUCCUCCACUACAGCUUUGCCUUCUGUGCAUCCCACGUCCACGGGAACAGGCCCGAUGGGAUCGGAACUGUGACUGUGGAAGAAAAGGAACGUUUUGAAGAAAUCAAAGAGAGACUCCGAGUUCUGUUGGAAAAUCAGAUUACACAUUUUAGGUACUGCUUUCCAUUUGGUCGACCCGAAGGUGCUUUGAAAGCUACUCUCUCACUCCUGGAAAGGGUUUUGAUGAAAGACAUCGUUACCCCAGUGCCACAAGAGGAGGUAAAAGCAGUCAUCCGUAAAUGUCUAAAGCAGGCUGCUUUAGUCAACUAUUCCCGGCUAUCAGAGUAUGCCAAAAUCGAAGAGAAUCAAAAGGACGCAGAAAAUGUAGGCCGGUUAAUCACUCCCGCCAAAAAGCUAGAAGACACAAUCCGUCUCGCUGAACUAGUCAUUGAGGUUCUCCAGCAGAAUGAGGAGCAUCACGCAGAGGCCUUUGCGUGGUGGUCGGACUUGAUGGUGGAGCACGCCGAGACGUUCUUGUCGCUCUUCGCGGUGGACAUGGAUGCAGCUUUAGAGGUGCAGCCGCCAGACACGUGGGACAGUUUCCCGCUGUUCCAGCUGCUGAAUGACUUUCUGCGCACCGACUAUAAUCUGUGCAAUGGAAAGUUCCACAAGCACCUGCAAGACCUGUUUGCCCCACUUGUGGUUAGAUAUGUGGAUCUGAUGGAGUCCUCAAUUGCACAAUCCAUUCACAGGGGCUUUGAGCGGGAGUCAUGGGAACCAGUCAACAACGGAUCAGGCACCUCGGAGGAUCUGUUCUGGAAGCUCGAUGCCCUUCAGACCUUCAUUCGGGACUUACACUGGCCCGAGGAAGAGUUUGGGAAGCACCUGGAGCAACGGCUGAAGCUGAUGGCAAGUGACAUGAUAGAAUCUUGUGUCAAAAGAACCAGGAUUGCAUUUGAAGUUAAGCUGCAAAAAACCAGUCGAUCAACAGAUUUUCGAGUCCCACAGUCAAUAUGCACCAUGUUUAAUGUUAUGGUUGAUGCCAAAGCUCAAUCAACAAAACUUUGCAGCAUGGAAAUGGGCCAAGAGCAUCAAUACCAUUCAAAAAUAGACGAACUAAUUGAAGAAACUGUUAAAGAAAUGAUCACACUCUUGGUGGCAAAGUUCGUUACUAUCUUGGAAGGAGUGUUGGCAAAAUUAUCCAGAUAUGACGAAGGGACCUUGUUUUCUUCUUUCUUGUCAUUCACCGUGAAGGCAGCUUCCAAGUAUGUGGAUGUACCUAAACCCGGGAUGGACGUGGCCGAUGCCUACGUGACUUUCGUCCGCCACUCUCAGGAUGUCCUUCGUGAUAAGGUCAAUGAGGAGAUGUACAUAGAAAGGUUAUUUGAUCAAUGGUACAACAGCUCCAUGAGCGUGAUCUGCACCUGGUUGACGGACCGGAUGGACUUACAGCUUCACAUUUAUCAGUUGAAAACACUAAUUAGGAUGGUAAAGAAAACCUACAGGGACUUCCGAUUGCAAGGGGUCCUGGACUCGACCUUGAACAGCAAGACGUAUGAAACCAUCCGGAACCGUCUCACUGUGGAGGAAGCCACGGCAUCAGUGAGUGAGGGCGGCGGCCUGCAGGGCAUCAGCAUGAAGGACAGCGAUGAGGAGGACGAAGAGGACGAUUAGAAGGCCCGGGCCUGGACCCUAUAACCAAUGCAUGUCCUUAGUCUGUUAGUUACCCCCUUAGGGAAUUUUCUGUCCCCCACCACGCCCAUGAGAUGUUUACCAAUACAAUUGCCAUUUUAGCUCUGUGGUAUCAAGAUUAGCAAAUGACCUUCAAGCCCCCCAUCUCCUGACCCACGACUAUAUGUUUACAGCGAUCUGGAGCAGCAUUCUUUAAGUCCUGUUCAUGGAGAACACGUAGUCCCACUGCUAGGCGUGUCCCUUUGCCAGCAAAGUCAAAUGAUGCUUCAUUAACGUACCAUGUAUGCGUUGACAGUGAAUGGAUGUGAGGGCAGUUCACCCGUACUUUCACUUCUUUGUUUCACGUAUGUGGAUGUCAGUUAUUGAAAUGAGUAUAAUAAAUAUUUAACUAAGACACAUAGUUCCGCUUUGUUUUUUUGAGAAACAAGAGGCAAUGCCCCAACAACCAAUGUUUGGUUCUCUCUGUUCCCUUCAAGCUAAACAAUGAACCCCUGGCGACCUUGUUACCACCGUUUCAUUUCUCCUUAUAGCUAGCCAAAACAGGAUGGCUACGUACCUGUAGGUUGAUCCUCCUCAUUGCCAUGGCAAAGGUUAUUCUACCGAGACUCCACAUCAAGCACAGUUCAGAGCAACUGUCUUCUGUCCAACUUUAUCCUAUUACAUGUUACAUUAUGCUUUUCUGUUUCAAUAACCGUGUAUGUAAAAAACUGAGUAUCUAAAUUACAACCCUAGACUAUACCUGUGUUUAUAAUAAGAUCUGGGUAUUUCCCUCAGUAGACUGUAACCAUGAUUUCAAUGGUUUGGUUCACCUGUUUUUUAUAUCUGUCAUGUACAUUGCAUUUUGACCUGUAACUGCACGACCCUGGGGUCCGCUGCAGAGCUUUCUUUCCGUGUAAACUAGUGGAUCCAUCCUGCUUUUGCCUUAUAUAAAGCCUACAGUUAUGAACGUGUGAACAACUGUGGCUUCUCAAUAAAGAACUAUUCAAACGUC